AUGUAGCUUUACCGAAUGGAAGGUUUGGUACAAUUAUGAUUGUUUUGUGGACCAAUCAAAAUUUUGUCAUUGAAAAUGAUGGACUUGAAGUGACUCUGUACAGCUGUAGGGGGCAGGCCAGUGGUGACUGUAGCUUCUGUAAGAACCUGGAAGAAACUUAUCCAGCCAUGAACUGUAAAUGGUGUGCAGGACAGUGUGUCUAUAGCCUGCAAAGCUGCACUCAGUCAUUGUGUCCAGGACCCAAUGUCACCAGUUUGACACCCAAUACAGGUCAUUUCUUGGGAGGUACUGUUGUCACAAUCACAGGGUUCAAUCUCGGAAUUAAAUUUGCUGACAUUGAGAACAAUAUCACCAUAGCAGGCAUUGCUUGUAACACGACAGCAAGAAGGGAUGAUUAUCUAGCAUCAAAAAGAAUCCGCUGUGUGACGGGGGGUAGGAGUGGAGGGGGAAGUGGUCCUAUCAAUAUACUGGGGGUCACGCUAAACAAAUGGAUCUAUUCGUAUAAGACUCCAAUGAUAACUGGAUUUCAACCUAAAUUUGCGGCGCAGUCUGGUGGCAGAAUUGUGCAUCUAAGGGGAGGUAACCUCAACAUUGGGAACGGCCCUAAAGUUACCAUUAACAAUGACACCUGCCUAGUUACAAGUAAAAACAUGUCUGUCAUUUCCUGCGUUGUCCCAGCUGGCAGUACUGGUGUUGCUAAUGUCUCGGUCAACAUUGAUAGUAACCCUGUGGAUACCACCACCAGUAAUUUCUCCUAUGUGGAGGACCCCACUGUACAGAAUAUUUAUCCAGUUCAUCUCUCCUCCUUUGAAAGCCACAAGUCUCCAUGGAAGGCUCAUCAUCGUGAAACCAGUGUGGUAAUGGCAUUUCACAAUGCUCGCAAAUCGGAUAGACUUUCCAACGCCAUCCGGGACACGGGUUAUACACUGUGA